AUUGAUCCUGCGAAUUCGAGACACACGCAGCAGCACCCAGUGGUCCAGCGGCUGUACACACAACAUCAUUUCUGUCCGACGUUCUCCCGCGGCGUUUCGCGAGCAGGCCGCGAGAGAGCCGCGCGAGUAAUAAAAGCCCAGCCUGGAGCCUCGGCGUGGAGCCGGCCGAGCGACAAGCGCGCGCCACAAUUUCGAACGUAGCGCAGCAGGCUAUGACGUAGGACGAAGAAGGACACGAGAUAUAGGCGCAGCAUUUCGGGAGAGUAGAGAGGCGGCUGGAGUGUGUGCUCUUUUGGCGUCCGUUAUUUAAUCGUGCAACUGCCAGAAGAAAUGAUAUCACCCUUAAUUAUCCUGAUCCUCACGGUGGGGAUCUGCAAUAGCAAUCCGGACGCUAAGAGGCUUUACGAUGAUCUCCUCUCAAAUUACAAUCGGCUGAUCCGACCUGUAUCCAACAAUACGGACACUGUCGUGGUGAAACUAGGACUACGUCUCUCGCAAUUGAUAGAUCUUAAUCUGAAAGACCAAAUUCUCACCACAAACGUCUGGCUAGAGCACGAAUGGCAGGACCAUAAGUUCCAGUGGGAUCCCUUGGAAUACGGGGGUGUUACCGAACUGUACGUGCCCAGCGAGCAUAUAUGGUUGCCCGACAUUGUCCUUUAUAACAACGCGGACGGGGAGUACGGUGUGACCACGAUGACCAAGGCUAUCUUGCAUUACACCGGCAAGGUCCUCUGGACGCCGCCGGCGAUCUUCAAGUCAUCCUGUGAGAUAAACGUCAAGUAUUUCCCUUUCGACCAGCAGACUUGUUUCAUGAAAUUCGGCUCAUGGACGUACGACGGCUUUCAAAUUGACUUGAAGCACAUUAAUCAAAACAUAGGCGACAAAGUGAAGGUGGGCAUCGACCUACGGGAGUACUAUCCCAGCGUGGAGUGGGAUAUAUUGGAUGUCCCGGCGGAGCGGCACACAAAGUACUAUCCGUGUUGCCACGAGCCGUACCCCGAUAUCUUCUUUAACAUAACGCUACGCCGUAAAACGCUGUUCUACACGGUGAAUCUCAUAGUCCCGUGCGUAAGCAUUUCGUACUUGUCGGUGCUCGCGUUCUACCUGCCGGCCGACUCCGGCGAGAAGAUCGCGCUCUGCAUCAAUAUUCUGCUAUCGCAGACGAUGUUCUUCUUGCUGAUAUCCGAGAUCAUACCAUCGACAUCGCUGUCGUUGCCGUUGCUCGGCAAGUAUCUCCUCUUCACGAUGAUCCUGGUCGGGCUGUCGGUCGUGAUAACGAUCACCAUACUGAACGUGCACUACCGCAAACCGAGCACCCACAAGAUGGCGUCGUGCACGAGAAAUAUCUUCAUCAAAAAGUUGCCGAAGCUACUGCUCAUGAGAGUGCCCGAUGAUCUCCUCAAUGAUCUUGCCGCGCGCAAGAUAUACGGACGGGGCAAGUGGAGCAAGCGGGAUAAGUUCAGCGAGGCGGUCGCUGCGGCCGCGCGAUCGUCCUCGAUAGUGUCCUCGCCGGAUUCUGCCCGCCAUCAACGAAUCGACGGCUGCAACGGUCUACACAGGACGACCGCCCACAAUCGAUUUCUGGUUGGCAGUUUGGGGUAUAAUGGGCUUCAAACGGUUAUGUCCGGCCUGGAUGAGUCUUUGAGCGACGUAACGCCACGAAAGAAGUAUCCGUUCGAAUUGGAAAAAGCGUUACAUAACGUUAUGUUUAUUCAGCAUCACAUUCAACGCCAAGAUCAGUUCAACGCGGAGGAUCAGGAUUGGGGAUUUGUCGCGAUGGUCCUCGAUCGGCUUUUCCUGUGGCUCUUCACGAUAACUUCCGUGGCCGGUACCUUCAUAAUCCUGUGCGAAGCUCCAACGCUCUAUGACGACACCAAGCCGAUCGACAUGGAAUACUCCUCCGUUGCUCGACAUCACUUCCCCCCGUCCGAUCAGGAUUUAAUGGACACUCUCAUAUAAAUGGCUCAUAGAACAAUGUGAUCUCUAUUCGUUAAUAACAUAUUAAUUACUCGAUAUAAAGAAAAGCGGCGAAUUGUCUUUUUCCGAGUGUUUUCGCGAUGUUGCAACAGGUCACGCCGAGGAACCGCGGUUUACCCGACAAUUUGUCACGUGCAUCGUUAAUUGUAGACUCGUAAUUAAAGACGUUCGUUCAUAUUUAGAUACGUAAUCUAACGUCUCUGAUGGUAUCUUUGAAGCUGAACGUUACAAUAUUAUAUUUGCGGUUCCGAGAACUGGCCUAAACCAUGAAAUGUGAUUUAAUCCCGCGAGACACGCAAUUCGCCGGCUUGCCUUGUAUGUGUAAGCGACAAUUGCAACACUAUUAAUUGCCCUCCUACAAAAGAAAGAAAAUUGUAUUUGUACUUACUGCUGUAUAUGCACGAGAGUGCACUAAAAGAAAAAGAAACGAGGAAAAGAGGAGAAAAAUCAUUAUUUGAUAGUAACAACUAUUUGAUGUUCAUAGUGUUACGACGAAGACUUGCGAUUAGAUACCGUUUAUAAAACUUUUGGUAAUGUUGGUUACUCGUAUAUCGUGGGCGAUGCAAAGAUGAUACUUUUGCACACCAAAAUCUACACUGUAUAUAGAUUAGACUAGACACAUUUCAUGCUCCGAUUAAUAUCUUCUCGAGCAGCAAUUAAUUUAUAUAUACACACUCAGUAAGCAACCUGCCGACAGAUGCUCGUUUUCUGCCGUCAAUCUUUCAUCACACUCUACCAUCAAAUUCUGUUGUAUUACGACGAGUAAAUUUUAGACAGAAUCUGCAGCAGACACUUUGCAAAAUCUGCUUUUGCAGAUUUUGCCAUUUAAGUAUAUAUUACACACGUAUACUCGGGUUUGUUCAAUAUACUGUAGAUGCGAAGAAGAUAAAAUUUCUUAAUAAGUCAUUUCCAAAAUUUGCCCACAAACAUUUUUGUUGAGCGAUGUAGCAUGUUAAUAAUUCAUUAGACUUGUAUUUCGCGCUACACUAGGAUAUACUCUCUCACACCAGAGCCAAAAUUUAUACGACAGCAAUAAACGAAUAGUGUCAUCCGAUGUACUUCCCAACUUGGGAUACAAAUCUACUACACGCACAAGAAAAUGUCAGAAAAAUAAAAAAUGUCUCAUACAUUGCACACGCUGCGGCUUGGAUUUGUUUGUUACUUGCCAGAGCAUAAGAAACAAUUUCAUCUCGUGUAAUAACUAUUAUGUGACAUAUAAUACUACUGUAAGACGGGAUGUUCAUUGUACUGGGUAAUGAUAAGUAAUAGUGAGAAAUAUUAUAAUUAUAUUGAUCGCGUUGCAUUGCUUGUUAUCAUUCGGAAAAGAACUGUUGCACAAAUAAAUCUAAUGUAAUAACAAA